AUGUAGCGCUCUGUCUCUCCUGUAUAUGAAAAUGAUGAAGACUAUUUAAAACCUAAGAAACCCUAAAUAACUCAAAAAAUGUCAUAAUUAUCUUAAUACCCUAAAGAUUAUCUACAAUAUCCAUCCUUAAUCUAAACUGUAAGAAAAAAAUAAAUAUUUGAUUCAAGAAAUGUUAACUAUCAUAAUAUUUCACCUAUAAGAACGAAUUAAAUUCAAUAUAUAGUAUCCUAACCCAAAAGCCCAAUAAUUAAAUAGAAAAUUUAAAUACCUAUAUAAUCAAAAUCUCAAACAUCAUUUUUGCAUUAAAUUCCUACUUCAUUGACACCACCAAGAUAGUAUAAUCUAAAUUAAUAAAUUUUGACAUCAUAAACUAUACUUCUUUAACCUUAACACUAAAAUCCUUUAUUUAUUUAUAAAAUACCUUCAAAUGAGUAAAAGAAUUCAUAAAUUCAAAAUUAUUCAAUGUAAAUUAAUAAUUAAUAGCCAUAACAAUAAAUGAAAUUCGAUUAAUCUCAAAAAGACAUGUAUUCAUGUCUAUAAGAUGAAUUAGAAAAAUCAGAAAUGAAAUUGAAAUAAUUAACUGAAAGAAGCUAAAAAAUAGAAGAAUAACGCAUAUAACUUAGGAAUACAUUUAAAAAUAAUUCGAAAUUUUAAUAAAAGAAUCAUUGA